CUCCGAGACAAGCGGGCCCGGCCUUACGAAAAUCGUUGUCACGUUUUUUCCUGCACCGAUAGUGACCGGAAAAAUAUCCGCGAUCCGGGCCGCCGAGAGGCUCGCGUGUCAUCUCGUAGUGUCGAAUUGCCUCGACGUGUUAUCACCCUGAAGUCGAAUAUCACCCUACGCCCUGAUCCGCCGACCGUGUCGUCAACACGCAGAAAAUGCUCGUGAAAAAAUAAGUGAGAUUAAAACUGGGGAACGAAGUGAUAACGGAUAAGUUGUGUUGUGGGGUCAUUUUAGCGGACAUUGGCAAGGUGGCGCAGUGAAUUAUCGGGGGUUAAAACGAUUCGUUGGAAUACGAACUCAAUCUUGCAGUUUUUUUUUUUUUUUUUUUAUCGUAUACGUCACAGUGACAGAUAUCGUUAGAACGUGCACGAUUCAAGGCCAAAAAACAAUCCAGAAAUUCUCGUUGUUCACAAGUGAUUUUUACCGUGACUGUGAAUAGUUGGGGUUUGGUGGUUUCAAUCCAAUUUCAUUGAACAUUCAUUGGCACGGUCUGCACACAUCUGUCAAGAGCAAUAAACGCAGUCGUCACUUGACUGUGAAACGAUAUUGAAACUCAGAAACUGUCGAGUGAAGUGUGCCGCAUGAAAAACUGUGUCAUUCGUGCUGACACGAGUUAGAUUCAAAGUCAAUAUACAGUGCAUUGAGAGUAAAAGCUCAACCAACGCGUUUAGAUUUAGUUUUACAAAAGUGACGGCAAAGAAAAAGGUCUGAAAGUGAAAGAUAUCGUCGAGUAUUUCGAACUGAAAGUCAUACCGUGUCCUUCCGUUGCUUCGUUCUGUGCUUCGUGAUUCCACAAACUAUGUCAUUCGAAAUAGAAAGAGCGCGAAACAACACGCUAAAAUAGUCGAACAAAUCUUUGUGCGGUGAAUAUACCGAGGUGGAAGAAUGAGCGCAAACGGAAGCUGAAAUAACCGAGGAAAAAAAUGUCCUAGCGAAGGCAGGACCUCGCUUAGGUGUUCCCUUGUCCCUGUUCCAUACAUCCCAGUCCCUGGAUCCCUCCCGGAACCCUCCCGAGCCCAACCAAAUCCAAACUCCUUAAUCCUGAUCGCUGAUCGUAGCCCCACCCGCGGUAAGAAACCACACCCAACCGGAAACGAGAUCCGCACAACUUUCCAAGAACAAGAUAAUAUCCGCAGGUGAGGCUUUCGGCUACCCAGAAUCAAGACGCCUCUUGAAUUAUUCUGGAAACGCGGUGCGGAUCAGCCACUGAACAGGGCGACCUAGGUCGGUGCCGGGGGUUGACGAGGCGGCAGAGGUAGUGGUGGCGGAACAGCGGGGAUACUAUGGGAGCGGGGGAAUGGGGGUCGGAGGAGGGCCACAAGCCACGGAACUCCGGCGACGGCUGUCCCAAAAAUCCUGCGACCGGCGAAUAUCUUCGCCUAAUCUGCUAGUGAAUGAUCCCCGCAAAAUUGACGAGUAUGCUCGAGGGUGCAGCGAGAAGGACAGCAGGACGGAACUGGCGAAAAACCCGAGUCUAUCUUCGGGCCAGCCGACGUGUCUAGGAUCAUGCAGACGUCGGUACAAGGAGCGGCAGGAUGAGGACAACGUGAUCCCUGGAAAAGUGAGGCUGGGAGCUGCUGCCGACUAUCGUCAGCGGCGGCUGACAACCGAAGACCAACGAGAUGCCGAUGAUAAUAUCAGGAGGCGCUGUCAGCUGCGGGGGAACUGGAGCUUUCGUUGGCUCUUUGAAAUGGUGGCGCAAGCUCUGGUUCUCGGCGUCAUACUUUUCGUCACACCAGGCUUGUGCUACCAGGACGCGGUCCACAUAACGGCGAUCCUGGGCGAGAGCGUGGUUUUCAACUGCCACGUGGAGUUCCCGGGUGAGCACCCAGUGCCCUACGUCCUCCAGUGGGAGAAGAAGGUAGGCGAUACGGUACGAUAUCGGCCACCACCCUCUGCUCUAUCCGGGCAGGGAAUACCGAUUUACAUAUGGUACGAGUCGUACCCAACCCACAGCGGCGAGGGAUACGAGGGUCGCGUGUCGAGGGUCGGUCCCAAUUCACCCUACGGAGUGGCCAGCCUCAACCUGACCAACAUUCAAGAGAGCGAUCAGGGCUGGUACGAAUGCAAGGUCGUCUUCCUGAACCGAUCGCCGAACAGUCAGAAGAACGGGACCUGGUUCCAUCUCGACGUACACGCUCCUCCGCGAUUCAGCAUCACCCCCGAGGACGUAAUUUACGUAAAUCUUGGGGAUGCGAUAAUCCUGAAUUGUCAGGCCGAAGGCACUCCGACGCCGGAAAUCUUCUGGUACAAGGAUGCGAACCCUGUUGAACCCUCGGGCACGAUCGGAAUCUUCAACGACGGUACGGAGCUGAGGAUCGCGACGAUACGCGCCGAAGAGAUCGGCGAUUACACCUGCAUAGCGCGGAACGGCGAGGGACAGAUCAGUCACACAGCGCGAGUAAUCAUCGCUGGUGGAGCGGUGAUCAUGAUACCCCCCACGAACCAGACGAAGCUCGAGGGUGAAAAGGUGGUGUUUUCCUGCGAGGCGAAAGCUCUUCCGGGCAACGUGACCGUCCGCUGGUUUCGCGAGGGGGCUCCGGUCAAGGAGGUCGCGGCCCUGGAGACACGGUUCACCAUCAGGAUGGAUGGGGGCCUCGUCGUGAAUCCGGUCAGCGCCGACGACUCCGGGCAGUAUCUCUGCGAGGUGACGAACGGCAUCGGGGAACCUCAGAGCGCCAGUGCUUACCUCAACGUCGAAUAUCCGGCCAAGGUCACCUUCACCCCGACCAUCCAGUACCUCCCUUUCCGGCUGGCCGGCGUCGUCCAGUGCUACAUCAAGUCCAACCCGCCUCUGCAGUACGUCACAUGGACGAAGGACAAACGGCUCCUCGAGCCCUACCAGACCAAGGACAUAGUCAUUAUGAACAACGGCUCGUUGCUCUUCACGAGGGUCAGCGAGAACCACCAGGGCCGGUACACCUGCACCCCGUACAACGCCCAGGGCACGCAGGGCAGCUCGGGACCGAUGGAGGUGCUGGUCAGGAAGCCCCCGGUCUUCACCGUCGAGCCGGAGCCCAUCUAUCAGCGGAAGGUCGGCGACACCGUCGAGAUGCACUGCGACGCCCAGGAGGCCGAGGGCACGCAGAACCCGACGAUCCAGUGGCAGCGAAAGGACGGUGCACCUCUGCAGCGUAACCGCGUCAAGGUCGUCGGCGGCAACUUGACCAUCGACAGUUUGAGACGGUCGGAUUUUGGCUUUUACCAGUGCGUCGCCACCAACGAGGUCGCCACCAUCGUCGUCGCCACCCAGCUCGUGAUCGAGGGUAGCCAGCCUCACGCUCCCUACAACGUCACCGGGAAGGCUACCGAGUUCUCCGUCACACUCGAAUGGCUGCCGGGAAACUCCGGUGGACCGGACUACAAGCAGGAUUACACUAUCUGGUACCGUGAAGCUGGGACUUCGGAAUGGGAGACGAUACCGGUCACGCCAUCAGGCAGCACGACGGUCACUAUCAACAGGCUGGUUCCGGCAACAGUUUACGAGUUUCAAGUAGUAGGGAAAAACGCCCUCGGCGAAGGAAUGCUCAGUAAAGUGAUUACGAUUCGAACACUGGACGUCCGACUACAGUCUGGGGGAACGUCUUCGGCUGGUCAGGGUGGCUCUGCUGAUACCCCCGAUCAAACUGGAAAUCCCCCCGUCCAUCCAUCAACCGCCCAUCCGAAAGGACCUAAACCGGGUCCGCCAAGAAAUUUGACGAUAACCGAAAUCAGCAACGGAUUUCUCAUCACAUGGCAACAACCUCUGGAGAGGAGCCACCUGGUACAGUCCUACACCAUAAAGUACAAAACUGACGCCCAGUGGAAAACGCUCAACAAAGGACGGCAAAUUCGUCCCGAGGAAACCAGCUUCCUGGUGAAAAGUCUGGUCGGAGGACGGACGUACCACUUCCAAGUCUUCGCGAAUUCGGAAACGAACUACGGGGCCAGCGACCAAGUGAAGUUUCCGGUUCCAGCGAGGGUAAAGCACAAAGCGAUAACCGCCGGGGUGGUUGGCGGCAUCCUGUUCUUCAUCGUGGCGAUAAUCCUGAGCAUAUGCGCGGUGAAAAUAUGCAACAAACGGAAACGACGAAAACAGGAGAAAGAACUGCUUUCAGCGUAUAACAUGGUGGCCUGCCGAGUCACUGAUUCAAGGAACGGCGCAGGGCAGGGCCCCCAGGGAACAGUGCCUUUGAAAAAACCUGGAAAAGGCCGAGUACCAGGUCUAAAUCUGCUGCGAGAGAACCUGACGCCGAGGACGCCGGACUCGUUGCGGGGCCGUCCGCUUGGUAAGAUAUCUCGAGCAGCCGACGGGCGUUUCGUCAUCGCAGACUCGGUGGGCGGAAGUUCGGGCAACAACAGCGUCCUGGACACAUCGAGCAGCGACGACGGAGGAUUCCUGCCGAAGACGAGCCGCCUCAACGCCUGCUGGCGGCGCCCUCUGGUGGGAACGAGUCAGCUGAGCUUGCGCUCGGACGGCAGCGCCCUCUCGCUGGCUCCGGGACACCCGACGGUCCCAAUAUCGGCGGGCCCGCGGGCCCCGGCCGUCCACGCGAUCGCCUCGCCGCGAUUCCUCGCGAGCUCGCCUACCGGACCGCACGUCCCUUGGUCCCCGAUGUACUUCAGCGAUCUGAGCUCGGUGCGGCAGCCAUCCUCGGGCGAGCGAUCCUUCCCGACGCCCCCCGGAUACCUGCAGCUCCGUUCGAUGCACCAGCGGUACAGUCAGGAGCUUCCCUCGCUGAGGGCGAUCCACGCCGAAUCCCGCCGCUUCAUCCCCGUCCAGCCACUGGCGACCUCGUCUCCCCCCCAGACCGCCGGGAGGCCUAAGGCCCGGCUGCCGCCGCGACACGCGCGCCACGCGCGGAGCGCCCCCGAACUCGCGGCCUCGCCGGACCUCGAGACCUCGCCGGAGAGCCGCAGCAGCAGCAGCGGAUUCGGCAGCAAGAACACCUCGCAGCAGAACCAGAGCUCGCGCUCGGGCAGCACCGUCGCCGAGUGGCGGCCGCCCCCCUAUCGGCCCCCGCCGCCGCCCCUCAUAGGCCGAUGGCUCGAGCUCCAGGAGGGCGGCAAGCCGCCCCCUCACAAAUCCCUCGACGCCGGCAGCGUCGACGGACACUACGAGUUCGACCCCGUCUCCUGCACACCCACGCCCACCUCCGCCUCCACCCCCACCAGGGAAGAACGCGUACCUGUUCAUCACCCGCCGCCCAGAUACACCCGGGACAACAUCGAGGCCAGGGUCCAGGCCAUGAAGGCUGAAUUUCAUCAGUUCAGACAGCGGCAGGCUCGCAGAAGACAGAGUGCACAUCUUGAGAGCGCGUGCUAGUGCAAUCGCGGUUUUUUUUUUUUUUCACGGGUUUUGUUUUUUACUGUAAUCGAUCUCCCCCUCUCUCUCUCUCUCACUAGCUCUCUCUAUCUCUCUCUCGCGUCUCUCACUCGCUAUUAUUGUUCUGAAUAUAAAUUUCGCGCUGCAAGGACUGAUCGCCGCAUGAUGUUGUCAUAUACGACAUAAAGAGAAUUCUUUUCUAUUCAUUUUUAUCUUUCUUCAUUUUUCUCUCAUUUCAAAUGUACCUUAUUAUCGUUAUACCUACCUUCAAACACGAGGGACUCCGCCUGCGUCUGCGUUACGUACAUACCUACGUACAUAACAUAAUAUAUAUAUAUAUAUAUGUAAAUACAUACAUACAUGUAUAUAUAUAUAUAUAAUAUACGAAACAAAAAACGAACAAAACUGUAAACCGCGUGAAAAAAGUCUACAUGAGUAACAAUUACGACACAAAGGUUAUUUCCGAGUGAAUAUAACACUCGUGCAGCAGUGGAGUAAUUUCGUUCGUACGGAUACUUUCAUAGGCUCAAUGAAAGUAUUGACGUAACGAUCGUCCCUCGGAGAGGACGAGGUGCGACCCGAUCAGUUGCAAGAAUCGUGGUAAAGAAGUAAGAACUAAAGCGGAAGUUGAAAAUUUAUUGCGAUAAAUAUGACGAAUGAAUGAAAUAUGCAUUAACAUAAAUGAAUGACUAAUAUACUCCAAAGAAAUUGUACCACGUGCUUGAUAUAUCUUAAAACAAAAGUAUGAAUAAUAGAUAAGGGAAGAAAACGAAAGGUAGCUGAACAAAGAUGAGAAAGGAAAAACACAAACAUGCGUAAUAAGAACGACGAGAAAAACCAAUUAAAUAAUAAUUUAAUCGUAAAUUAAUAAAUUAGUAAUAAAUAAGUGAAUAAAUAAAUAUUAUUAUUUAAAUUUAAGAGCAAUGGACUCAAGUUGAUGACGAGAAAAAAAAAGUGAUAUUAGGCCGGAGCUUGCCUCUCGAGAUCGCUUAAGGACACAAUACACACACAUUCGUACUGCACUGCCUGUUUAGGGUUUCGCUAGCGACCCAACGUAUUAUCGGCACAAUAAUUUUUCCUAAGCAUCGUAUAACAUGAGGAUAAAUAAAUUUGAAACAAAAAAUAUACAUACAUAUAUAUAAAGAUAUAUAUAUAUAUAUAUAAUAUUAAUUUGCAAGGAAAGAAAGAAGGAUAAAAACAAGAAAGGACGAACGGACACGAGAAAAGGACAAGGGAUGAAAGGAAACUCUCGCGAUUGAGUUUCGUUUCAAUGUUGGUGAAGUUUUAGGAAUUUACGAUAUGUAAAAAAAAAAAAAAAAAAAAAAAAAACAAAAAAGUAAGAGAAAAUCAAAAACAGAAAGAAAAUGCAUUUUUUUUUUCCAUUUCCCUUGCGACACCGACAGGGGAACCAGUAUUCUCAAAUUCAUACUGCGAUACAAUGAGAAAAUAGAAUCAGUCACGGUGCAGUGAUUUCGUGAAGAGCUCAAUUUUUUAGGCCAACGAAAAAAACGUGGAUCAGUUAGUGACGUCAGUUAACUACUGGUUUCAGAAAAACAAAUAUAUGAACAACAACAAUUUUUUUCAAAAAUGUUAUUCGAACGUAUGUUAAUUUCAGUCAAAGAAUUGCAGAGAAUACUUUUUGUUCAAGCAAAUUACCGUACAAUGAAAACAAAAUCUUGAAAAAUUUACCAGAUUCGGUUGAUUCUCUUUUCAUCGAUCCAGAAGCUAAACUUUUCUGUUGAAAUAUCUCGAAGUUAUGGAAUCGAAACUUUCCCCGUUUGUCAAAAUAUCCACACUCUGGUUCCCUUGAUCGUAAAGAAACGAUCAUUCGGAGAUCAGAGCCGACAGUCGGUGUAUAAACGAAGUGGAAAUUCGGAAUGAGGAGUAGACGAGAUAUGUAUAGGCAGAGUAGAAUCCAGCGCAUGUACAUGAAUGUUAAAACGAAGCGAAACGAAAUGAAAUGUAACGAAAUGAAUCCCACCCAGUUGUCACCAAACGCAUUGUAUCAAAUCACGUACAUCGGCUCCGACUGAUGGGGGAGGAAAGGAUCGAAUCGGGGAAAGCCAGUGUACCUGUAGCCGCCACCAUGUUAUAACCUCAUCCGGAAGCACGCGUCGCUUGAAUAAAACGGGCUCGAUUUUUCCGCAUAGUUUAUUCAUAUAAUAUACAUUAUACAUAUAUACAUAUAUACAAUACACGCAUAUAUACGUAAGUUAUUUAUUUAUUUUAAUUAUACGUUAUGUACUUAAGAAGCUGCAGUAUUCGUUUGAUGGCGGUACGUUUCACCGUAAAAGAUACACGUAUACUUACAGAUUAUAAUAAUACACCUUAAUUAUAUCGUAACGAAAAUCUGAUCUCGGUGUCUCAAAUAAUCUCGUGAUCGCGGCAUUUUUUUUUUUUCUGUUUUUUUUUUAUGUUAAAUUUAUACGCAUUUUAUUAUCACCAAUGUAAUAAUAUGGAUAGUUAUUAUUCUCAAGGCGACGAUGAUAUUGAAAAAAGAAGCAAAAUUGUUGAACGUAGAAGAAAAAAAAAAAAAUAAAAAAACGAAACGGAAACGGAUAAAGUUUCUGGAUAGAGGGAAUAGAUCCGCGGCCCUUUGGUAUCCCAGAUUGCCUUCGUUCCCCACCAGCCAAGCAAACGGUAUACAUAUUUAUACGUAUACGGUACAUACAAAUAUGUAUACAUUUACAUACAUUAUACAUUUUAAUUUUUUUAUAGUACAAAAAAGGAGGAUAAAAAAUAAAUGGAAAAAAAAGAAAGAGCAAACAUUUUUUCAUAUAUUAUAUGUACGCAUACAGAUUUGCGCAUUUGCAUCGUAUUAUGUGUAUGCGAGUACAUUAUACAUAUACAUAUACG